CGGCAUGGCCACAGCCUCCGCAACUCACCGGAGCUAAAGCUUAGUCCUCCGUUGCCAUGGCAAACACACCACCCACGCCUGUUAGGACCUUCAAGAUCUUCAAGGAAGCCUUCCUCCUUCCCAAGACCAACCCGAGUCUCAUACUCUCCGUCUUCCUCAUCUAUUUCCUCGCCGCCUUCCUCUACCUCGCCGCCUUCCAACUCUCCGCCUCCUCUCUCCUCAUAGACUUGACCAAAAAGCAACAAUCCCUCGUCACCACCGAUCCUUCCAGCCCCACCUACUUCCAGCUUCUUGCGGCCAUCCGACAUGACACCAAAGAGCUUACCUCCGUGGAAGUCGUCUUCAUCAUCAUCGGCAUGAUCGUCACCUACGUCGUGAAGACCAUCACCGUGUACGCCCUGGCCAUGACCUACGUCAAGAAGCUGCUCACGCUCAAGGAACUCCUUUGCAACUUCAAACGCAUCAUGAAAGGACCCAUCAUCACCCAAUUCCUGGUCAGCUUACUAAGCUGCGGAUAUGCCGUUCUUCUGAUGGUCGUGGUGUUGGUGCUCUGGUUCAUCUCCGAUGGUUCCACGUUUCUGCUAAUCUUGGUCGGACUGCUAGCUUUCGUCGCAGUUGUCUGGUACCUGUACCUGGCGACCUUGUUCUUCUUGAGCAUCACGGUGUCGGUCGUCGAACGAGACUGCUACGGGGUGAGAGCAGUCGCGAGGGCGACGGAACUCAUCAAAGGAAACAAGCGGGCAGGAGUUGGCAUCAUCAUUAUACCCAUUAUUGUGGCGAUUCCCAUCGCUGCGGUGUAUGUUACUGCUUCUGUCUUCGUUCCUCUCGGUCUUUGGAGCCAACUCGUGGCGGAAUUGGUGUAUAUGCUGGCGAUCGAAGUGCUUAGUUUCUUCGUCUGUGCGGCCUUCGCAGUCUACUACUACGAGUGCAGAAGAAGCCAUGGAGAAGUGACUCCGGACAUGGUCGGCAACGCUGUUUACACUGCUCUUCCCACUGCCGAUGCCGUUUGAAGAGGAAGCUGAAGUUUAUUUCUGUUCUACGUUGUGCACGUAACAAAAAACAAAUCAAACCUUUUGAUGUAUUGCAGAUUAAAUCAAAUAAAAGUUUGGAUUUUAGUCCA